AGUACCCACCCCACUGGAUCGCUCGUGCUGCAGACAUGCUGCGCUUCACUGUGGUUGCUGCGGCAUGCGCAGCAUCGUCGGCGUCAAUCAUGCCGCAGUUUUCAUCGUGGAGACAGGACUCUUCAUCCCUCCUCGCAUUUUCUCCCUCCUCUGCUCUUCUCCUUCCUCAGUCACGCCUUUCCUCCACCUGCUCAUUCGUCAAGCCAUCCAGCCCGCCCACCGCAAGAUGCAGAGGAAUGAGAUUCGUAAGGCCUGGAAGUCUGAGAAUGAGUGGAGGGGAGAUGAACAUGAAGCCGAUCAAUGUUAAGCCGUCGAAGCAUGACCUUGAAACUGGACGAGACCCAACAAGGGUGAAGGUGUUUGACACGACUCUCCGAGAUGGAGAGCAGUCUCCUGGUUGCAGUAUGACCUCAGACGAGAAGAUGCAGGUGGCUAAGCAGCUUGCUCGUAUGGGUGUGGACGUAAUCGAGGCAGGGUUUCCCAUUGCAUCCAACGACGACUUCCUGGCCGUGAAGCAGAUCGCUGAUGUGGUUGGUAACUACGAGAAUCCUCCAAUCAUCUGUGGUCUUGCUCGUGCAACCGAAGGCGACAUCAGGAGGUGUGCCGAUGCUGUCAAGGGAGCCAGAUUUCCUCGCAUCCAUACUUUCAUCGCAACUAGUGACAUUCACAUGGAGCACAAACUGCGCAAGUCCCGUGAAGAGGUCUUGAAGAUUACCAAGCAGAUGGUGACGCUUGCCAAGAGCUUGGUAGACGAUGUCGAAUUCAGUGCAGAAGAUGCUCUGCGAUCAGACAGAGCGUUUCUCGCUCAGGUUUUUUCAGUAGCCAUCAAGGCUGGGGCAACCACUAUCAACGUUCCUGACACCGUUGGCUUCACCACCCCGACCGAGUUCAAGGAGACGAUCGAGUACUUGAGGAAGCACACUGAGGGCAUCGAGGAUGUGACUAUCUCUGUUCAUGGUCACGAUGACCUCGGCAUGGCCGUUGCAAAUUUCUUGGGUGCUAUCGAAGGAGGAGCCAGACAAGUCGAAGUGACUGUGAAUGGCAUUGGAGAGCGAGCUGGCAAUGCAGCAAUGGAGGAGGUUGUGAUGGCUCUCCAUGUGAGAAAGUCCUACUACAACCCCAUGUUUGGACGCCCAGCUGACUCCAACGACGCUCUUACCAACAUCGUCUUGAAGGAGAUUCACCGCAGCUCUCGUUUGGUCACCAGCUUGACCGGGAUGAUGGUGCAGCCGAACAAGGCAAUCGUUGGGGCCAACGCAUUUGCUCAUGAGUCGGGAAUUCAUCAGGAUGGGAUGCUUAAGAACAAGCUCACGUACGAGAUCAUCGAUGCCAGCACCAUCGGCUUGGACAACUCGGAUGGUAUCGUGCUCGGCAAGCAUUCGGGCAGAGCCGCUUUCAAGGCCCGCCUUGCGGACCUUGGGAUUGUUCUCAAUGAAGAUGAGACCAACAAGGCCUUCAUCCGCUUCAAGGACCUUGCAGACAAGAAGAAGGAGAUCACAAACGCUGACUUGGAGUCCAUCGUCAACGACGAGGCUCAAGACCUCGCCGCCAACCGCUUCAAGGUCAUGCACGUGCAAGUGACGUGCGGUAUUAGCAUGGUGCCGACGGCUACCGUAACUCUCAGAGACGAGAAGGACGACCUGGAGCUCACAGACGCGUCCACGGGGACUGGACCUGUCGAUGCUGCUUUCCAGGCGGUGAAUCGCCUCUGCGGCAUCCAGGGAGGCGGACAAGCCAACGCCGCUGACGUCAAGCUCAUGGAGUACUCAGUCAGCUCAGUGACAGCUGGGAUCGACGCCCUCGGCGAGGUCACUGUACGUCUGCAGGACCCCCGUAGUGGGAGAGUCUUCCUGGGACGAGCUGCCGACACUGACGUCGUCGUGGCCUCUUGCGUCGCUUACGUCAACGCCCUCAACCGCCUCAUCCUCCAGAGGUCUGACCUCGCCCCCAAGCUCCACCCACAGCUCUCAGUCGCUGGCAAGGCAAUUUAACUGAUUUUGUGCCUUCAUUUAAAAGAAAUCGAUAAAAAACUGCUCAAUAA